AUGUGAUAAAGGAAUAAUACAGGAUUAUGCGGUAUAAUUGGUUGUUCCACACAUUAUGUUGUUGUGGGAUCAGAAACCCAAACAAAAUAAAAGACUUUUUUUCUGUGUCCACACACAUCUCCACUCAUACCGAACAUUCAUGCAUGCAUAAUUGAAAGUGAGAAGAUUAGGAUCCUUAACCAGCUUCAGAUUGAGGUCAAUGAGAUCUGUCUGGUGAAACCACAAAGCUCUUUAAGCACUUCAGAACUCCCCUUUCAGUCUGAGGGAUGUAAUAAGACAAACUCAUUUGUCUUUCUUCACAUUGGGGACAAAAAAGAUAGAAAAUCUAGUUGUUUCUGCACCUGAUCCCAAAAUUAGACUUCUUGAGUUGAUUGAAAAUUAAUAUAAAUUUGACAAAGAACAAAAAGUUAGUUUUGUAAACCCAUAAACAAAAGAUCACACUAAACAAAACAGUUUAAUCCUUUUUCUUGGUUGAAUAGUUUUGGUUUAUCUGUAUGUAAACCCAAACUUUUUUAGCUUUGCACGCUUUCUUUUGAAGGCAUCUUAGACUGACAUCCAGAGAUAAGCACUUGAGCCGAUGUUCAUCUUCCGCUGAGCGCAGCAAAGUACCCUAAAGGUGGGCAGGUGGUGCCCGAAAUCCUCUCCUAAGACAGAAAAUACUCCAGCGUUGGCCAGUGUUUGCUGAGCGCAGUUGACUCAUCGGCUGCGUACGUUGAAGGCAGCGGCCAGGCAGGUGAGCAGCCAGGACCUGCUUCCAUUUUUCCUGACACUUGGCUUUUGAGGAGAAGAGCCGGGAAAAGUAGGAUGGGGGCCGGAGCUAGCGCUGAAGAGAAACGCUCCAGGGAGCUGGAGAAGAAGCUGAAGGAGGAUGCCGACAAGGAUGCGAGAACCGUCAAGCUGCUGCUGCUAGGUGCUGGAGAAUCGGGCAAAAGCACCAUCGUCAAACAGAUGAAAAUUAUCCACAAAGAUGGUUACUCGCUUGAAGAGUGCUUGGAGUUCAUUACUAUCAUCUACAGCAACACCCUUCAGUCCAUCAUGGCCAUCGUGAAAGCCAUGAACACGCUCAAUAUUAACUACGGACACAGUGAUCAGCAGGAUGACGCCAGGAAGCUGAUGCAUCUUGCCGACACCAUUGAGGAAGGCACCAUGCCCAAGGAAAUGUCAGACAUCAUCUUGCGUUUGUGGAAAGACUCCGGCAUCCAGGCCUGCUUCGACAGGGCCUCAGAGUACCAACUCAAUGACUCCGCUGGAUACUACCUGAACGACCUGGAGCGACUGAUCCAACCAGGCUAUGUGCCCACUGAGCAGGAUGUGCUGAGAUCAAGAGUGAAGACCACUGGUAUCAUCGAGACUCAGUUCUCCUUCAAAGAUCUCAACUUCAGGAUGUUCGAUGUGGGAGGCCAGAGGUCAGAGAGAAAGAAGUGGAUUCAUUGUUUUGAAGGUGUGACCUGUAUCAUCUUCAUCGCUGCUUUGAGCGCCUACGACAUGGUGCUGGUGGAGGACGAUGAAGUGAACCGAAUGCACGAGAGUCUGCACUUGUUCAACAGUAUCUGCAAUCACCGCUACUUUGCCGCCACCUCCAUCGUACUUUUCCUCAACAAGAAAGAUGUGUUCAUUGAGAAGAUCAAGAAAGCCCAUCUCAGCAUGUGCUUCCCAGAGUAUGAUGGCCCCAACACUUACGAGGAUGCUGGAAACUACAUUAAAAUGCAGUUCUUGGACCUGAACAUGCGCAGAGACAUCAAAGAAAUCUACUCCCACAUGACCUGUGCCACAGACACAGAGAACGUCAAGUUUGUGUUCGAUGCCGUAACCGACAUCAUCAUCAAAGAAAACCUGAAAGAUUGUGGUCUCUUUUAAGAUCCGACUGACACCACAAGCAGGGUGCUGUCACAGCCCCGCCGCGCUCCACAAGUCCUGCAUCAGUUCAACCCCACAGGAUGGAAGCUGCCCCCUUUCAGAGCAGAUCUAAAAUAAUGCAAAAAGAAAAUAAAUUCGAAACAAUAAUAAAAUUGAAACUGUUGUGCUCAAAGCUAAAUCGUAGCUCUGACAGAAUUUUUCCAGUGCAUUUAUGGAUCAGUCAAGCUAACUUUUCUCAAGCUCAUCUAUGGAGACAUCUAAAGCUUUCGUCAGCGUAAACUUGACAAACGUGCAGUUGUGAAUAGAUAUCCAGCUAAUGUCUAUGUACUCCUGUAAGCAGCAAGUAUACAGCCAAAGAGCAAUCAAGACAGCCUCAUCACCUGCAAAUGCACUUCAGCAUCUUUUAGUCUCCAAAUUGUCACUAGGAAUGGCUUUUCUACACGACUUCUGUAUGUUAUUAUUAAAAAAGCUCACAAAUUGAUCUCUUGAAGAAAGCGUUAGAAAGUUGUUGCAGUAGUUGAAAAGGGCCAAUGUAUAUAACUAAUCAGGUUUUUAUGGGACAGUUUGGUAUUGUGUUGAUCUGUUGAGUUGUAGAUGUAGGCAACUUAAAACUAAAAAUAUGUCUUUCUAUAAACCCUUGAGCAAACUAUCUUGUACAGAAACCAAAGGAAAUGUACCCCUUGACUAAGAUUAUUAAAGCUUGUGUAGAAAACUCAGUACUUUUUCAUUUUUCAUAGACUAAAAGAAGCAACACUGUGUUUUAUUUAUAAAAAAAAAAUAAAAUCUCUCAACCAAGUAGAGCUGGGCGGAUUGAUGAUAUCGAUCUCAAGUUGGUGUUGGAUCGAUAUCAGCCCACAGAUAUAAAUAUUGUCCUUAUACUGUUUUUUUUUAAAACAACCAAUUAAAAAAAAGAGAAAAUUAAAAAAAAAAAAAAAAAACAUUUUCUGCGAUUAAUAAUAAUUUAAAUGUUUUGGUUCAUGUCACAUCCACAGCAUUUAUGAAAAAUAUCGAUAUUGGUAUUGAUAUCGGCAAUAUUAAACAGUAUCAGAUCGAUAUCGGAUCGAUCCCCAAAUGCUCAGUAUCACCCAGCCCUACAACCAGGUCAAACAUUUUACAAUUUAAAAAAAAGAAAAAAAAAA